AUGGAGGCUGAGAAAGUCAAUACGAAUAAAGCCAUGCCAGACGAUAUUACAGCCGCCAAUAAUUUCCGCGGUCACAUCAGGGCGGAUGAUGAGUCCUCGGAAAUGAAAGUUGCAGAGGUUCUUGACGCAUUUGGUAAUGAGGAGGGUGCAGAGGUUCAAUAUAAAACCAUGAGUUGGUGGCAAGGAGCAAUCGUUAUGAUUGCUGAAAAUAUCUCCCUUGGUAUCCUUUCUCUCCCAGCUGUUUUGGCAAAAGUUGGUCUCAUCGGUGGCGUUAUUGCUAUUAUUGGUCUUGGUAUCUUUACCACAUAUUCGGGUUACGUCUUGUGGCAAUUUAAAAUGCGGUAUCCUCAGAUUGUCACUUAUGGAGACAUUGGUGGAGUCAUGUUGGGAGCCUGGGGUCGUGAGAUCCUUGGUGCGGCUUAUGUCAUCUAUUGUAUUUUCAGUAUGGCUUCGCAUCUUCUGACUUUUACAAUUGCCAUGAAUGUUCUUACGAAUCAUGCUACUUGUACUAUUAUUUGGGGUGUGGUUGGAUUGGUCGUCUUCAGCUUGCUUUCCUUGAACAGAACUCUUAAGAAUGUCUCAUUCUUGUCCAUCAUUUCAUUUACCAGUAUUCUCUCCGCUGUCAUGCUCACCAUGAUCGCAUUGGGUGUCUCCCCAAAAGCAGCAUCCGGUGCCAUGAAAGGAACCUACUCACCCUCAUUCCCAUCUGCAUUCAACAGUAUCUCCAACAUCGUUUUCGCAUAUGGUGGACACGUCGCAUGGGUCAGCUUUAUUGCCGAACUCCGCGACCCCCGAGAAUUCCCUAAAUCUCUCAUGCUCCUCCAAACCGUCGAUAUUAGUUUAUACGUCGUCGCCGCUCUCGUCAUCUACAGAUAUGCAGGCGAGGAUGUAGCUAGUCCAGCUCUUAACAGCAAUACCCCUAUCAUUCGUAAAAUUGCUUGGGGAAUCGCAUUACCUACUAUCAUUAUCGCGGGAGUUAUCUUCGCUCACGUCACGGUUAAAUAUGUUUAUCUCCGUGUCUUCUCCGGAACCAAGUAUCUCAACAGCAGAGGCUGGGUCGCCACAGGAACCUGGGUUGGUCUCGCAGUAGGAACAUGGACCAUCGCCUGGAUCAUUGCCGAAUCCAUCCCCGUCUUCUCUGACCUCCUCGGUUUCAUCUCCGCCCUCUUCGCCUCUUGGUUUUCCUACGGUCUUCCAGGUAUCUGUUGGUUUUACCUCAACUGGGGAACCUGCACCCGUGGUAUCAAGAAAAUCUCCCUCAGCGCUCUUAAUUUCACUUUGAUUAUCGUGGCCUGCAUUAUUUGUUUUGCGGGCUUGUAUGCUAGUGGUUAUCAAAUGCAUGCCGAUACCUCUUCGUCUCAUGGUGCUUGGUCUUGCGCUGAUAACCAAACUUAA